CUGUGUUUCUUGUUUUACAACUACCCUUAAUGGUGAAUGCAGAAUCCAUCACAGCUCACAAACCAUUCCAAGAAAUGAGUUUAUAGUUCCAAGAAGUUUUUGACAAUACGACACUUAAGAAAUUCGGUCUCAAUGCCGAGGAGGAAAGGUCGGACUGGGAGAAGGAGAACUAGAAAUUACCUUGAUUAUGAACCUCUUGCCACAUCUUCAGAAUCAGAAGGCCAUGUUGACACAAAAUCUCUUCACACAAAGCUAAGGCGGGUUUCUGAGAGACCAGUUUCUCUUGAACAUGAAGAAUCCUUCAUUGUGCUCUUGAAAUGGAUGAAGAAAAAUGGCUUUACUUUAAAGAACCUGAGACCAGCUGUAUUUCCAGGUACUGGCAGAGGUCUCCUGACAAAAGCUCACCUUCGGCCAGGUGAUGACAUCAUAUCUGUCCCCAGUAAACUUCUGAUCACUACACACACUGCCCUGAAUAGCUAUGUCGGUGAGGCAAUAAAGAAAUAUGGUUUUGGUUCAGAAGAAAUAUCUCCUCAACUGAUCCUCUGCCUUUUUCUAGCCUAUGAAAAGCGCCGAGGGAACAAAUCUUUUUGGUAUCCAUAUAUCUCAAGUCUACCAGCUUCAUUCAGUACCACUGCAUUCUUUACUGAUGAAGAACGUCAGUGCCUUCCAGGUUUUCUAAAGGAGAAGUCGGAUAUCCAGUUAAACUCUAUCAAGGUGUCAUACGAAUUGGCCUUAUUGAUUGGGGCUCAUAUUGAGGCCGCUUGCAAGGACUUCGCUGGUGGCCUAUCAUGGGAGCAGUAUCUCUGGGCCUGGGGUGUGGUGAAUACAAGGUCUGUCUACAUGGAGCAGAGGUUGCAUCCUUUACUGACUGGCGUUGAUCAUUAUGCUCUUGUACCACUCCUUGAUAUGCUGAAUCACUCGGUUUCUGCAAAGGUCAAAGCUGUGUUUUCCAAGUCAACAGACAGGUACAUGAUGCAAACUUUUGAUACCUACCGCCCAUAUGACCAAGUGUUUAUCUGCUAUGGACCUCAUGACAAUUCCAAGUUGCUCCUGGAGUAUGGUUUUGUUCUUCCCGUUAACCCACACAAUGCUGUAACUUUCAAAGAAGAUGAUUUCAACAUAAUUAAAUUCCAAUUCCCCGAGAGUGCGUGGAAGAAGAAGAGGGCGAUGAUGGAAGAGAAUGAUGUGCUCUGCUCUCUCUGCUGUUCUGCUGAUGGGCCCAGUUGGAAUCUUCAGUGCGUGUUUAGAAUCUUGGUUAGAGACUGGGAAACACGAAUCUCCUGUGGGCAGUAUCUAAUGACUGAGCCAACAGAAAAGGAAAAGUUCAAGAUGAAGAGAUUGUGCGACAUGGUGCUCAAAGAGAAAUUACAAAGAAUUCAGGAAUGCCUGUGUUCUAUCAAAGAAUGUGAGCCAUCUUAUCAUAUAUCAAUGGUGAGCACCCUUCUGGAACAGUUGGAGGAGAUCUUGAUCAAACGUAAUCUUAAACGUGUCACCUUUGACAUUGGAUGAGAAUUGUGAAUAAAAGACAUUUGAAAUCUUUAUAAAUAUGAAACCAGAUGCUGUUCAGUACAUGUAUGUUGAACUCCAGACGAAGAGCGCUGAAGCAGUCUAGAAAAAGGAUAGUGUGACUUGUGAAAGUGAUGUGAUCGCUGCUGCUUUCGUUGCCCUGUACAUGUACUGUCCCUGUGCUUCAGGCUUUGGCCAGGACAUUCAACUUGUAGAAAACGUGAUAUCAUUGGGUGUAAUUGCUCAUGGUAACUGGUUAUUAGUAUGAUUCCACUGACAACAUGAAGUAUCUCACGGUGUAAAGCAUGUCAGAAUGAUAAUGGUGCUUCUCAUAAUUUACAAUGUAGUUCACUUUUAUCUUCAUAUU